UCUGCCUCCUCGUCCCCGCCUCCCCCUUUUUCUCUCUCGGUCCGGUGCCUGAACCCCGCAGCGGCAGCACUCCUCCCCUCUCCUAUUUUCUUCGUCGCCACUGCCCCUCCCUUGUUCCGUACUUCGUUAUCGUCUUUCGUCGGCCAUCUCCUUCUUCCAAAAUCUCAGUCUCACUGUUCUUCUAGCAAGCUCGUGGACCAUAAGAAGAAAGCAACCUUGCACCAAAUUCAUAGAAAGCUUGUUGUGAUUAAUAAGCGUUUCCGGAAACCGAAACUAGCUAUGAAUUACCGAUUUCAAAAUCUGCUUGGAGCUCCUUACCGGGGAGGGAAUGCCACAGUCAUUCAGAAUACUCAGCUAAUCUCUUCAGUUGGAAACCGUGUCUCUAUCACAGACCUCUUGAAGUCCCAAACCAUUACACUUCCCUUCCAAUCGUCCUUGAACAUACGCCGACUUGCAGCCUCACCUGACGGUACAUUCCUCCUAACUGUCGACGAGAACAACCGUGCUCAAUUUGUUAACAUUCCAGCCCGGGUAUCCCUGCAUCGUAUACAUUUCAAGCAUGGGGCUGUACACGCUGUCCAAUUCAGUCCUGAUGGUAAAUAUAUCGCGGUGGCUACUGGCAAAUUAGUUGAAAUCUGGUUGUCUCCUGGCUUUAAGAAGGAACCCUUUGCCUUCCACUUGGUGAGGACCCUUGCAGAUUGUGAGGCUACAGUCACGGCAUUGGAAUGGAGUUUAGAUUCUAAAUAUUUGCUUGUUGGCUCUAAGGAUUUAACUGCAAGACUCUUUUUUGCUGAGAGGCUGAGGGAAGGUGCAAUGAAUAAGCCAUAUUUGUUUUUAGGACACAGAGAUACUGUUGUUGGUUGUUUCUUUAAGUACAGUAAGAAUAGUAAUACCCCAAACAGGGCUUACACCGUUACACGCGAUGGUUACAUAUUCAGUUGGGGUUAUGGUGGCCUUGAUGGUGCUGCAGAUAAUGAUAAGCUCCAGGAUGAUGAGCCUCUUUCCCCAGGAACACCAGAGAGAGGCGGGGAAGAAAUUUUGAGUGAUGUAACUGAAAUUAAUGCGAAGAAAAGAAAGAACCAUGAUUUGAAAGGGACUGACCCUUCUUUGAAAGAGUACUUGCAUAAAGGGAAAUGGGAGUUGCUUAGGAAAGAUGGAUUUAUGCAAUCACCAGCAAAAGUCACUGCAUGUGAUUACCAUAGGGUAUUGGAUAUGGUUGUAGUGGGAUUUUCCAGUGGUGUUUUUGGGUUAUAUCAGAUGCCAGAUUUUGUUUGCAUCCACCUAUUGUCAAUAUCAAGGGAGAAGAUCACCACAGCUGUGUUUAAUGAGAUUGGUAAUUGGUUAACUUUUGGGUGUGCGAAGUUGGGGCAAUUGCUGGUAUGGGAGUGGAGAUCCGAGAGUUAUGUGUUGAAGCAACAGGGUCAUUAUUUUGAUGUCAACUGUUUGGCUUAUUCACCAGAUUCUCAGUUGUUGGCUACUGGAGCAGAUGAUAACAAAGUCAAGGUGUGGACUGUUUCAUCGGGGUUUUGCUUUGUAACGUUCUCAGAGCACACCAAUGCUGUUACUGCCCUUCAUUUUAUGUCCAAUAAUCACUGCCUGUUAAGUGCAUCUCUAGAUGGAACUGUACGUGCAUGGGAUUUAUUCCGCUAUCGGAAUUUUAGGACAUUUACUACUCCGUCAUCAAGACAAUUCGUGUCUUUGGCAGCAGAUGAAAGUGGUGAAGUAAUCUGUGCAGGGACACUAGAUUCCUUUGAGAUAUUUGUUUGGUCAAUGAAGACUGGGCGUUUGUUGGAUGUGCUCAGUGGUCAUGAAGGUCCUGUUCAUGGGUUGAUGUUUUCUCCAACAAGCGCAAUCUUGGCAUCAUCUUCCUGGGACAAAACUGUUCGCUUGUGGGAUAUUUUUGAAGGAAAAGGCGCUGUUGAAACGUUCUCUCACACACAUGAUGUUCUGACGGUAGUUUAUCGUCCAGAUGGGAAGCAAUUGGCUUGCAGCACAUUAGAUGGUCAAAUUCAUUUCUGGGAUCCAAUUGAUGGCUCUCUAAUGUACACCAUUGAAGGUCGAAGGGAUAUUGCUGGAGGCCGCCUCAUGACUGAUCGCAGAUCAGCUGCUAAUUCAACAGCAGGGAAAUGCUUCACAACUUUAAGCUAUUCUGCUGAUGGGAGUUACAUUUUGGCUGGUGGAAAUAGCAAAUACAUAUGCAUGUAUGAUAUUGCUGAUCAGGUUCUCUUGCGCCGGUUUCAAAUAACUUUUAACCUUUCGAUGGAUGGAGUGCAUGACUUCCUGAACUCCAAGAAAAUGACUGAUGCUGGUCCACUCGAUUUGAUUGAUGAUGAUGAUAGUGAUGCAGAGGAAGGUGUUGAUAUACAAACUCGGGGCAAGUUGGGUGGUGAUUUACCUGGGGCCACCCAAAAUCGAGGAAGGCCUAUAAUUCGAACAAAAUCCCUUAGGAUUGCACACACAGGGCGAAGCUUUGCCGCUGCAACAACUGAAGGGGUUCUAGUUUAUUCAGUUGAUGAAUCUUUCAUAUUCGACCCCACUGAUCUCGACAUUGAUGUGACACCAGAGGCGGUUAACCAGGCACUGAUUGAAAAUCAACCAAGCAGGGGUCUAAUCCUCAGCCUACGACUGAAUGAAGAUUCGCUGAUAAAAAAAUGUGUAUUUGCUGUAAGCCCCACAGAUGUAGCAACUGUUGUGUCAUCGAUUCCUCAUAGAUACCUACAGAGGUUAAUAGAUGUGUUUGCUGAUCUCUUGGAAAGCUGUCCUCAUCUGGAGUUUAUACUUAAUUGGUGUCAGGAGCUAUGCAAAGCUCAUGGUAACUCGAUCCAACAGCAGUCCAGAAACCUCCUUCCCGCUUUAAAAUUCUUGCAGAAGGCCAUCACCAGAAUACAUCAGGAUUUGGCUGAUACAUGUUCUUCCAAUGAAUAUAUGCUUAAAUAUUUGUGCUGUACAACCACAAGCAAGUGAAGCGUACUGUCAUAUUUGGUCGAGAACACAGUUUUAGCAGCAUGAGUGCGGAGCUGAAGGUAUGAUGCACUUUGGAGCAACAACUGAAGGAAACCAGUAAAUGCGACGAGGAUGGAAGCAUGAAAAAAAGAGGUUAUCAAUUUUGUUCUGCCUUUUCUGUUUUCCAAGUUGGGCCGAAACUCCUUCUGUUGUAUCAAUGUCCCAUAGCAGGUCAUGCAAAAUUAUUAUUAGAAAAACAUGAUAAGAGGUUAACAAUUGCGAGAAGUGACUUUGGUCCCUCGACCUCCCACCAAAUUUUUUUAUUAUUAGAAAAAUUAUGUUGUAAGCCUCCUCCCGAUUAUGGGAUUAAUACCAGUAAAAUUGUUAUUAGAAAAACAUGAUAUUAGAAAGUUAGCAAGGUAAAA